AUGGCGCUGCAUUACUCUCCUCAACUGUUUGAUGUAAACACGAAUUCUCAGUUGAAGAUGUUGAAUUUUAUGGAGAGUACAUCGUUCUUUGACAAGAGCUGUGGUCAGCAAACGGCGAAGUUUUUCAAUGGCUUUCCUCAACCGUUUGGAUUUGACGAUAGAGCGAACAUUUUAGAAGGUGAGCUGCUCCGGUUGAUGUUACGAAGAGCGUAAGUUAAACCCCUUGCGUGCCGUAUCGUCCUAAGAUUAAUUUGCGAGGUAAAUUAGUUCUACUUCCGUGUUCUCGCAGAGUUGACGCGCGGUAUUCGUUCGCCGCUUUAAGUUGCAAACUUUCCUUGACGGACUAGGAUUUCAAAGAGCUCUAAAUCGAAUCAACAUUUGUGAAAGCUUUAAAAAUUCAGCGCAGAAGUGUCUGUGCUAUUUAGUGGCUGCGAGAACGCCAUAUCUCUCUGUCGAUCGCGGUCCUUUCAAUUAAUUUGGAACUGGUUUGAUUUUGAACCGCAAUUUAUCUUGUUUCGAAGCCGGUUUCAUUUAGUUUGAGCAGUCUGUGACGUCGUUUUCGUUUGACUUCAAUUGGCUACGGCAGAACCUCUGAAGAAACUUUGUAUUAAGUACAGAGGCACUGCGACUGUUUGGUUAAAAAAAAAAACCAACAACAAUCAUAUGCAAACAUUCCUUCCCAACAUCGGCUUCGAUUAUUCAAUAACCCGUUGACAACAUCGGUUUUCAUUCUAAAGCUACUAGCUUUAGUUGAAAAUAGCUUCAAUGUUUGACUUCUGACUUGUAGAGGCGUAGAACAGACGCAAAGCUGUAGGAGUUCUCAAAAAAAUCUAAUGAAGAUCGAUUUUUGAAAUAACUAUUAGAAUUGUGAGGUCUUUCGAAACGGAAAUGUUAAUGCUCGAUUUUCUUUUUUUAUAUAUUCCGCCUGGAGUGAAUUCGGAGCGUUUUCAUUCAGCAAGUGUUAAGGGUAUAGAAACUAUUUGAAACACCGAAUACGCUUCAAAACAUUCGAUUUCGGUCAUGUGGCCUGCAGUUGUUUGUUUUCAAGAAUCGCCCCACGCAAGCGGGUUACGUUGGUUUUCGAGAAACUUUGAAUAUCAAACGAAUAAUCAAACACUGAGAACAGGAAAAACUCAACAAUAGUUUAAACGCGACUCGAGUUCUUCUCGUGAUUAGGACUUAACUGGCAAUAAUUUCCUCGAGAAUUACGCGUGCAAUACUUUCAAGUUGCUCUUGUAAAUGCCAGGAUAUUGCAUGCAAGCAACCUCUCCCUAGUCCAUAAAGACAGAUCUCAUGGUUUCAAUGUCCAUGUUAUUGUUAGAGAGUCAAUUUUAUACUCUUAUAUGUCAUUCUAACGAUAAAACGUAUUUGUAUUUACUUGGAGCGCUUAUUCAAGUUAUCCCCUCGACAGACUGAUCUCCACUUCCUUUACAAAUAUUGCCGUUCUGUCAAAGUGAACGAUGUAGCAUUUGGUUCGAAACAAGAACAAAUUUCGAUUCUCUAGGUGCAAUUGCAAAUUCAUUCUGAUAUUAAGACUUUUUUUCCUCUUUUUUUCCGUAAAAAUUGAUGUUAAAAAUGAUGACCUUUAAUGACUCAGUCCCGUGGUUGGGCACGUGACCUCUUGGCGAAACAAACCCAGCUAAACCAAAACAAGCUUUUUUUUUUCCCGCCAAAAUAGCACAGCCAUCACGACAUCACGUACAACUUGGGACGCAUCAGCAAUAUUACCAGCUACUUGUCAUCACUGUUUCACGUGAAAAUACCAAAGUUCUUUGUUGGUUGCCCUCUGAGCUUGUCACGGGGUUGUCACGAACCGAGGAAUCCCGUAUGCAACCAUCAGAAUUUUGUCUUUGACCUUCAAGUUUACAUAUCUUGUUUUUAGUUUCAAUUUCAAUUUCUUCAGUAUAUAUUUUUCUAAACCUGUAUCUCUUCGUUAUGAAAAGUCUGCUUAAUAAUCAAGAAGAAGAAGAAUAAGAAUCAAAGUUCCUGGAUUUUUUUUCCUAAGCGUACAAAACGUUUCUGGUCUCAAAACUUCGUAUCGAAAAUUCAAAUUUGCUCUGAACUCUAGAAGUUCAUGCUAAGACUUUUUGUACCUCGACUUCUUCAGUUCAGAGGGAGGUGAAGCCGUACUGAAACAAAAGUAAUGGGGAUACAUCAUCAUAUUGAAAAUGAUUUUAAUAAUAAUGGAAAUUUGUGAAAGUACUACCGAAAAAAAUUAUAAUUAUAAUGAUAAUCUCAAUCUCAGAGCUCUCCCUCCUUUCCUUGAAAUCAACUCACAGUCCCUGGGUCUCCUUAUAUGCAGCAUAAUAAGCUCAUAAACUAGGUUUAGUAACCUUUCGACCAAUAAUUUUGAGGAACGAACCUGGCAGCUUGUAAUUUUUCCUUUCUCUGAAUUAUGACAAGGAAUUUAAGGACUUCAGCUCACUCAUGAAGUUUUUAUCUCGAAAAAUCCCGUGUUGUUUACGUUGUGGAUAUUUUAGGUGUUACCUCCACUGCAGAAGAUGCGUUCGCUACGUAACAAUUAUUUAAAACAUUCUUUGACUGGAAUUGGUGUCAAGAUUUCUAUUGUCUUACAUAAUAAGAUCGCUGCGCACGAACAGAAAAGUUCCUUGCAUAUUACUUCAAACCCCUCAUGUUUGUUAUGACGUUAACGUAAUUAUUCUAUCGGUUACAGAGUAACAUUAUCGAAAACCGUCUGUCGCGUCUUAAAAUCUCAUUUAAGCUCUGAUUUAUCAUUUGAAGUUGUAGAAUAAGGCCAUAGAUAAUUUGUGCUCUAUAAAAUGAUCAGAGAUUGGGAAACAACACUUUUUGUACGAAUAUGAAUUAAGACGGCGAUAACAAUACCGUAAUCAGCUUGUUAUUUGUGAUAUUUGCUCGGAUUGAAAGAGAAUAUUGCACAAAAUGACAGUGCAGAAGUUUAUUGUUUAUCGUCCGGUAUAAUUUCCUUGGAAAAAAACGUUGCAAAGGUGAUCAAAGAUUUGGGAGAAAUGUUGGAGAAAAGAUUUGAAGGUGUUACGGGUAGCACCGAUGGAAGUUUCAUGAUUAUUGCGAUUGGAGACUAAAGGUGCGUCAUGCACGAUAAGUAAAGCAGAUUGCUUUCGUAAAUAUUCGUGUAGUUAUUCCGGUUUUGAGCCUAUACGAAAAUUUCUCUCAUGCAAAAUUAAAUCAGCAUUAAUUAUCCUUCUUGCCAGGUGAAAUGAAAUGUUUCAGUUUAUUUCGCGUCAAGUAGACUCUGUAGAAGGAUCUAGGAUAGUUUUAAUUUUUGCCUUGUUUGUUAACUGAAUUCUCGGAGCAAACGCCAUCUUUAAUCCUUCCCAAAAUGCAUCGCCUUCGGCAAUUCUCAGCAUGCACUUCAUUAAAGUUAACACGAAAAUGCUAAUUAUGAGUUUCAGCUGUGAAACAUGUCUAAUAGUUUCUCUGUGACUCCCUGCAAAUUUGCGUCACUUUUCUUUUCUUUGAAUUGUCAACGUUUGUUCGGUCUGCAAAACUUUUACAUGUUUACCAAGAGCCAAAGUAUGCUAUCAUUAAACCAAAUGCGGAUCAGUCCAGGUAUUCACUAGGCAGAAAUUUAGCAUGAAUUUUAAACGCAAAAUCUCAUGAAUAAAAACGCCCAAAGCUGUUUUGUGUUCUGGGUGGGGCAGCAGCCCUCGUUGGUUUCUCUUCACGUGACGCGUGAAGAGAAACGUGUGACGUUUUUCCUUAUUUGGCCAUUUGAUUGACAGAAGAGGUCGGCCCUGCGACAGAAUUACGUUAUUUACGCAUGCUCAACUCUUCUCAGCUAUGCCGGCCUCCAAGUGCUUUUCUUCCCUGAGUUGCUUUUCCUACGAGAACAUACUUUGCGAAUGGAAUCAAGCCAAGAAUGCAUUUGGAAAUGCCAGAUUUGGCUUCAUGGAUCGCCCCUUGCCUGUUCCAGAUCUUUUUGAUCUAACAGGAAAAACAAAAUACCAAGACAGCGUCAUACGGAUGUAGAAACUAUACAAUGAGACAAACAGGAUUAAGGAGACGUUUAAAAGCUUUUAUGAGGCGCAGUUUUCGAACUAAUCAGUAUGUUUUUGAAUCAUAUCGGUUGUGAAUUUACAUUUAGCUCUUUGUGCCUUUGACGUCUGUUGCCCAAGUACCUUGCAAAUUGAUAAUCACCGUAUGGAACAGUUAACAAACUGUUUUAUUAUCCGUACGCUUUCGCUUAUUCCACUCUUAGCACCUGAUGAUAAAUUGCUCCUCUUCUUAAGAAAAUGAUCUCACUCCAUUCAUUUGAGUUUGGCUGCGUUGCUCGACCAAGUAGGAAAAGGAAAUCUUUGAAACCAUGAAACUUGCAGAAAUGGGGCCUACGCAAAUCUUCUUAACAGCUGAAAAUUCAUUUUGGUGAGCGAACUGAUGAUAAUGAGCCAUGUACAACUGACAACAAAUCAUUGAGUAAAUUUCGAUGCUCUAUUACCAAUACAGGUUAUCUUUCCAAGCUGAAAAUUUGAUCCACUCCGACAAAAAUAGAUUUAAAUUGCCUUAUUCUUCCUGAUCGUCUUUUAAAAAUCGGCCCCAGAGAUGGCUGUGGUGCACGAUUCGCUCUGAUCCUACGUUUGUAAAUGUUCUCGGAUGAAGCUGUUAGAUGUUCCAUGUGUUAUACGCCCUCCCCUCCCCAACAAAGAUCGUUGUACUUCAGUGGGGGUGGGUGCGUGUGUACUGUUUGUUUCAGAAGAUUUAUUUGUGAGUGAGCGACUGGUUUAACAGUGGAAAGCUCUCGCGGCUUUAGGAUCUUUUAACUCAGCUCCUGCUACUGUAAAGGAUUGUUAUCAAAAUCAGCGAAAUAUAAAUCUUACACACCUGAAUAGUUCUCUGAAUUUUUAUGUUUGUUUGGUAACAAUAUACAGAAUAAUAUUUCCCAGAAACCGCGUCUUCUAAGAAACGUCUGAGUGUAAUUCCGCAAACACUACAUUCGUAAUCAGAUCGAUCGGCCGGGUUAAACAUCGGUAGCAUGGACUUGGAAAGGUUUACCCUCUCCUUUUGCUCUUCAAGAGAUGAGCAACAAUCUUUUAGUAAGUAUAUAUGUAACUCGGUUUGCCAUGAAUGACUUCUUCAAGGGUCCUCGUUAUUUUCCUUUUUAAGCUACGGGUGGGAAAACGUUGUUGUCGUGUGAGAUUGUAACCGCUAGUCAAAUCAGUCGACGUACGUGUUCCUUUGUAGAUCUUUUUUAGGAUGGAAGCGAUGAAGAUAUGAACGUGUUUCGUCGGUUCCUUGAACUAAGGGCUUUUGUAGAAAAAUUAGAAAUCGCAUGGUCGCGUGAAUUUCACACUCGCUACAAAGACCCUUGAUGAGCUUGUUUGCAUCAAAAUUUACCGAUCUCGCCAGAGGGUAAUUGGAAGAUCUCUGAAGUACCUUUUCUUUCAUACUUUCAGAGAAACCCUCGAGUAGUAUUCGAUAUACCGGCGUGAAACAAUCCUAUCUGCUACUGUUUUCUCGCAAGCCAUGAAUGAAGAUGUAUUUUUAUAGUGUUCGCUUUAGUUAAUAGAUGCCUCGUGUUCGAUGAAGCCAUGAACACUUCAAUUCAUUGAAACAAUCCUGUUUACUGCCGCUUGGCGUGGCUUGGCUCUUUUACUGCUAAGUUACGUGGAAAGUAGUUUGAGAUCCAGUCGAGUUUUAAAUGAUAAUCGUUCAUGAAUGGAAAAACAAGAACUUAAAGUGAAAGUAAAACUUCCGCCUUUGCUGAAGAGAGCCAUUCAUUUUCAUAAUCAAUUAAAUGUUUCUGUUUGGGUGGAAUUGGUCUAAAAGCUAUGUUAAAUUCCCCGAUUUUUUUGAGCCUUUCGUCUAAUACAAUGAAAUUAUUCGAUUUAAUGUUGAUACAAGAUGGAAGAGCGUUUUGUUGUAACAGAAGAGGCAGCUUAUUCGUUUAUUCAAAAUGCGCUACCAGAGCAUUUCGUUGGGUCAACAUCUUUCUCUGUGAACAUUUUUGACGGUAAGGCGUUUGCGAAAGCCUCUUCUCGCGCUCUGCAUGAAUGAUCUAAUGGAAAGUAAACAUACCAAUUUUCCUGUGGAGCAGAAUUAUGCACUUAUAUUUUUUAGGAGGCAUGGAUCAAUUCCUCGUGGUUUACUAUUCGCUUCUCAGAACAGAUCAGUUCCGCGCACAAAUAUAAGAGCGAAAUUUCGCGCCUAAAAAGGCUAUUUUUAUGUUUCGAAAUCUGUAAGCAAAGAUCCAGCUUAACAGGAAAUGUGAUUUGUCGGAAUAAGAGCUUUGAGACGUGAUAGGAAGUGUUAGGCACAAUUUAUUAUCAAAAAUGUAAUGGAGAGAUGGUGAGGUCAGAGGACAAUGUUAUCGCUCAUGAAAUGCGGAGGUUUGUGUAGUUCAGUUCUCAAAACCAGAAUUCUCCAUCGCGAAUUAUCUUCCCUUAGCAAGAUACAAAGAGUCAUUGUGUUUGCAGUAGUUCCAAGUUUAGAUAUCUCAUCUUAAAGUUCUAGCUCCUGAAACCCGGAACUUGAACCAGAAAGUGAAAGCGCUCCAUUAGUCUGGAGGCGACUUGAUUACGAAGAAUCACGAUUGUCGCAAUCUUCCCAAGGUGAACUAUCUUUCUAUGGCGAGACUAGAGUGGUCGAAAAUGUUGGUAACAAAGAUCUAAUGUUUAGGCUCAAGCUAAAUUGCGUCGAGUGUAUUUUAGUCAGAGAACACAUCUAUGAUCAACAUGAGUGUACAACUUUUUUUCUCCUUCUACAGCUCGUUCUGCUCCAACAAGCAAUUCAGAGCUCUUCACUAAUGGUAUAUUUGCCUCGACAAAUGGGAUUCCUAGCUUUGGGCUGUCAAAUGGCCUCAGAAAGACCCAUGAUGUAACAGCCAUAAGCAAUGGUUAUGUUGAUUACCAAGUGAUACCUCGCAAUGCUAUUCAUGGAACAGAGGAGCGUGAACCAAGCCCAGAACUGACGGUCGGUCACGGGAGACCAAAGUCUUCCCCGAGGCAACAGAAGCGAAGCGGCUCAGAUUUUGAGAAUGGCGAGAAUUUGAGUUACGGCUUAUUCCCGUUUACUCCAGAGGUAGAUACACGGAAUCUCCAUUGUGAUGCUUUUUUUUUAAGCUUAAUUUGCGCGGUUCUUUUGUUCUCUCUUUAUUGCACUCGCUGUGUGCAUUACGUAUCUCUGUCUCUUUGCCUAGUUCUCUGUCUGGCCACAGUUUGAAACAUAACUUGUUCUAUACGAUUUCUAUUGUGGUUCAACCCUAAAUGUGGGUUCUCUUUGCCUCCUCGCACCCCACACCCUUCCAGGUUAAAACGGCUUUCACAACACGUAACCUCUACAAUCUAUCUCAAAGUGACCCUAAGGUGCUGCAGGCGAGAUUAUUCAACCAUACUUGUACAGAUAUGAAAACUGAACAUGUCUUAACCUUUUAACUCCAGUGAGUGACCAAGAUAGAAUUUCUCCUGACAAUAUCAAUACACUAUCAAGUAGACAAGUGAUGAGAAUACAAACAAAUAUCAAUUAGGGGAUUCUUAGUGAAUCCAAUACUAAAUUCUCCAAAAUAACAUCACAAGAACUAUCAUGGCAGACAUUAAAGAGAAUUUCUGAUGAAAUCAUGGGAGUUAAAGGGUUCAAGUGACCAAGAUUAUAUUUGUGUCUGCUCAUGUAAAUUCUACUUGUUCCAAAUGUUUGACUCGAUAAUCACGAAUUCAGUCGAGCUCUCUAUUGCGUGAUAGUCGAAGACGGUGAGACGUAAAUCCUCUAUCACGCAUAGAAAUCAAAAGCGAAUAAUCCAAUUAUCAUGAUCUUCGUAUUAAUCUACUAGUCUUUCAAAACAUAAGCAUAAGAGAGGCUCGUGUUUUAAUUGAAUAAUGAUACAAAUGCGUCACACUGUUAGGUAAUUCAUUUCACUUGACAUCUAUCCAUCGUGGAAUGGAUAGUGAGUAGUUGGCUCAUCAGAUUGCAGCGUAGAUUGUACUAACAAUAGAUAUGCGUUUGAUCCCAAUUUCGUCAAACAAUUCAUAGGUGCGAAUAGUAUCGAUUUAUUUUUGUUGACGUACUUGUCCUCUGAGAUUGGACGAUUACAGAGAACACUUCCGCAAACGUUAAGAUUUUGUGUGUUUCUUGCAGACAAGCGACAAACUGAAGCAAAUUGAAACUCCAAGACAUGGUGUGACCAGCGAGAGACAGGGCACAGCCGACGUUAUCAACUCGCAAGUGCUCUCGGGUCUCAAUUCAUCAUUCGCCUUCAGACUUGGUGGCAAGGAGGGUAUCGCAGACCCAAUUCCUCGAAGAUGGUCCGAUGUAAGUCUUGAAAGGUAUUCAUCGAAAUCUCCACCUUUGCAUGGCAAAGCUCCAGGCUACCUUCAAAGGGCGUCCGUCAGGAGUCAUUCCGAAAGCGAAGUCGUUUCAUCAGGCUCCAACCUGAACGGACGUCAGCAAAUUCUACGCAGAAAUGUCCCAGAAGGAUCUUUGGGAUCUCAGCCAAAACUUGGAGACCUUCAAGAAAGUAUUCUUCAACUGUUGCAAAUGCAUGAACCGCUGGCACCCUUGCAGAUUGUCGAAGCUUUGGGCCGUGGGACACGGGACGAGAUUCACCAGGCGCUUUGUGCACUCCAUACCAAGGAACGUGUCAAAGCUUUCCAAACCAAUGGGACGACAGUAUGGGCCUUGAUUUCGCAACCUACCUGUGAUUGGCGAGCGAGUCCAGGGGUCAUCGGUGGCGAAAGAAACAAGAAGUUUUUUGGACGAGGUUCUUUUGAAGAACUCUACGGGUUACCAAGGAGGAAUUUUUCUGUUCUUGGAUACGAUAAUAGACCAAGGAAAGCCCCACGUGCCAUCGAUGGCCAGAAGGUAUGGCUGCGUUCUAAUGGACACAGUCCAACACCAGUUGAAAAGAAUUCUUGGACUUACUGCAGAUUGUGCAAAUUUUCGUUUGCCUCGGAAUCACAAUAUGAGGAGCACCUUCGCACUACGAAGCAUCAAAACAAAGUGGCCAAGUUUAGUCCGACUUCCUACAAGAAGUACUGCGAGUUCUGCAACGUGAACCUGAAUUCCGAGUCGCAAGCCAACGAGCACUUCAACAGCGCUAGACACGAACAGACUGUGGCCAAGUCGCAAAAAGCACCCCCACAGCAACAUCUGCCACUGAUCAAAGCCCCCAAGGAAUUUUUCAUGGAGCAGUUCACAAGCACCCAGCCGUUUAACUACCAAUUAGAGUUGUAUAGCAAAGCUAUGUUGACCAAUGGUGUUUGCUUUUUACCAACUGGAACGGGGAAAACACUUGUAGCUGCUCAGGUCAUUGCCCACAUGCUGAAGUUAAACCCAUCUCGACAAGUGGUGUUCUUGGUGGAUCGAGUUCUCCUCGUUCUCCAACAAAGCGACUACCUUAGAAAGGAACUGGGACAUAUUCGAGUAGCAGACGAGCGAGGGUCUUUUGAGAGCACCAGGUCUAUCCGCAUUGGAGCGGUCUGCGGGGAAAUGAGGAAACUGGAGGGAAACGCACGCAUUUACGAGCAGGACGUGCUGAUCAUCACAGCCGACUGCUAUCGGAAUCAUCUGAAUAAUGGCACCCUUCGCUUUGACGACGUGUCUUUGAUUGUGUUGGAUGAAGCACACCAUUGCAACAAGGAUCAUCCCUACAACGUCAUUAUUCGGGACUUUUAUCUCCAGGAAGAUGUCCAUCUGGGGCAUCGACCCAAGAUCCUUGGACUGACAGCAUCUCCAGCUGGGGAGACGUCUUUGGAAAAAACCACCAGAAGAUUACAAAGGCUACUGGGAAACCUCGGAGAGGCGGAGCUGUUAGUCGUGACGAGGAAUGGGCUAGAACUGGAAGAGAAGACCAACAGGGCAACUCCUGACUGCAUCUCUGCUUCGUACACCACUCAAGAGAGUAAUCUCUUGGAAAUUCUCGUGAAAUAUGUCACUAAAGCGUUCAACCUGACCGUUCGUUUGAGCGACAUGAAGGACUUCAAAGACAUUUUUCAACCUUCCUCUGGAGGUCCGUUCAGCUUCGAUGACAUCUACCCAGUUCUUGGUGUCAUUGACAAUAUCUUACUCUCGCAACCUGAGUCCAACGCGUUGAACGCCUUGCUUCACUUCCAGCUGCUCUGUGAGGCUGUAUGCACUUUGCAGGAGUGUGGUGAACAAAUAGCGUUGUAUCAAAUGACAGAGCUUGCACAAGAGGCGUGUCCUCACGGCUUCCAUUGGGCAGAAAGUAUGGGUCUUCCCUGCGGCGAAGUCAGGGCAUAUUUGGAGCAUUAUCUCAGACAAGGUGAAGUGUGCUAACGUUAACUCUAGGUAUCACUAUUUAUCGCCUUACUUAGCCUAGCCUUUGCUACCAUUAGAGUGCCUUAUGAUUGAGUAUCGUAAAACCAAAAUCAAAGCAAUCACAACAGCCAAUCAUAGGAAGGAAAAUAUUACCAAUGAGAACUUGAGUGAGAACUUGAUUCUGAUUGGUUGAGAAAGUGGUGCGAGUUUCCUGGACCAAUCAUUUAACGAAAAAGGGAAAAAACAAAGCAAUCCUGAUUACGGUCGACACUCGAUUAAAAAUUCUCUAUUGCAAUAGGGUCAGUAAGUGUUAUGGAAACUUGAAAAAAGGAAUCGCAUAGUAAUGGUACCGGUUAUAAUAUAGACAUGAACCGUGAGCCUAAGACUCAUUUUUAUUACAUAUGAACAAAAGACGCGUCAUUCUCCACUCCCAUAGAGGCGUGGAAUCAGUCUUGGAAAAUGAACAGAAAUGUUAUUAUUUUAUUUAGAACAACUAGAAAAGAAAUAUAAUGCUAUAAUGGUUGUUAGUUCUCCAUCGCAAGUAAUGGAAAACGUUUAAAAGGGCCCCAGUAGAGUCGUGAAAAGUCAGGAAAUUUUAUAGCUUGUUCUAGAUAUUUCAAUGCACACAAAAUGAUCUAAAUAUUCGAGAUGUACUAUUAAUUUUAUGUAUGUCUUCCGCAGGUUUUCCAUCGAUCAUUGAAUGUAGAAACUCAGGAGCAGAGCGGCUCAUGGAACAGUUAGUGAGAAUAAACUGGACCGGAGUUAUCGGUCGAAGCAGUUGUCUUGCCCUGGUACUCGUCAAACGACAACACACUGCACGAUGUUUGUCGGAGUAUCUUUCAAAUCAAGGCGAGCUUAUUUCUCGCGGUGUAAGGACCACAUUCAUAAAUGCUGGCAGAUCAGCGGAUAAAGGUGAGGGCUUGUUCUCAUAUUUUUUCGAUCUCCGCGGUCAAACGUCGGGUAUGUGCAAGUAGAUCAACUUUGGCGCCAAUUUCACGCGCAAAAAUUCAAAGGGAAACAUUAGAAACAUCUGCUAUCGUUUGUUUGAUUACUAGUAUCCCGUUGAAUUUAGAGCUUUAUCGAAAAAAAUUAAACGCUUUUAAAACACCAUGAACUUCCUAGUUUGUGUCAUUUCUAUUUCAAGAUGAGAGGUUAAGUUUGUUUAGAAUCUUUUUAAAAAUGUUUUGACUGUAUAUCUUGUUUUGUCGUACAGGACUGACUUAUCCCUUGGAAAUAGACCCAGUCGCACAAACACGCGAGGGAAAAUUUCAGAUUGUCGUCACUACAAGCUUAACCGAGGAGGGACUGGACCUCCCCGAGCCCCAGUGGGUGUUCCAUAUGGAUCCGUCAAGCCCGGUCCAAGCCCUCCGGGAGAUACGUGGUCGAGCACCCCUAAAUGGAUCCAGGUUUGUUGCUAUCUGCCGGAACAACGAACAGACCAAGAAAAUUGACGAUUUGUUAAAGCGAGAGGAAAAUAUGAAGCGCUCCUCAAAACUCAUAAUAAGUAAUUUGUGAGUAAUCUGUCAGUUUCAAAUGAAUCUUUCAGUCCAGUCCACUAAUCUUAUUUUAUCGGGUGUUCAAAUGUUAAAAAAUCGAUCGAAAUAUCGCUGAGUUAAUGUAUCCUGGCUGUUUACGAAGCCCGACUAAAUCAGGAAAUGCGGCGUCUUUGUAAGAACAAUGUGUUUGAACCCAAAUUUACAC